CCCUCCCGGGCGAGCCCCGCAUCCUGCUCGGGCCCAGCCCCGCGGGGCAGCCCGCCAGGCUCUUUAACAUGCGGCUCCUGUUGCCGAGGAGCAGCGAGCGGCCGUGGUCGGUGCGUUGUGCCCUCCAGCCCUGCUCGCCGUAGGGCUGCUCCUACGGGAUAACGCCCAGCGGGACCGCGUCCCAACGCCGACGCUUCGCUGAUAAGCCCACUGCCAAGGCUCCAGCGCUAGGAUAAAAGAGGAGAUUCCUCCUCCUGGCAGGCUUUUUCUGCCUUGAAUGACAGAGAGAGCUCCCGAGGCUCCUUCCCCGCCCGAGCUGGGACACAAUGGAGCUUCUCAGGCUGAGUCUGAGUUGCAUUUGCCUUCUGCCUUGGCUUGAGGUAGCAGAGGGACAAGGCUUCCUCAUCAGGAACACCCGGCUGGAAAAAUGCAUCCACGUGUCCCAUCAUGAGGCUGAUGGCAUCGUCCUGGCUGAGUGCAUGCCGCACUCCCAGCAGCAGCAGUGGAGCUGGGACCCGGCCAGCGGGACCAUCACCAGCCUGCAGACCAAGCAGUGCCUGUCAGCCCACAGGACAAGGGAGUACGGCCUGGCCAAGAUGGAGCCCUGUGGGAACAGGGAACACCAAGUGUGGGCCUGCAGCAAGAAGGGGCACUUGACUCUGCAAAGCUUGGGCUUCCACCUCAGCACCAAGGAUGGAGGCCACAAGGUCUUUGUCUCAAGGAAGAAGGACAAAUUCAGCAGGUGGAAGACUUUGGAGGAUGAAACCAUCUGUGCUGCUGCCACUCUGAGACCUGCUGAAUCAGUGCGAGGAGUUGUAGACACACGGGUGUGGAUAUAUGAAAGUAAAACCAUCGAUUCAUCAAAGACUGAUGCCAUGGAGAAGGAAUCUUCUGUGGGCUUGACCGACUCACCUCUGGUGAAUAAAUUGAACAGCACAGUGGUUCCUGUGAAGACCAAACAGGCAUACCUUCCAGAACGCGAGGAUGUGUUGUACAAUCACUCUAAAAAGCAUCAUGGAAAUCGAGGGAAAACCUCUGGGGCAAGGCUUGCAGGCACCAACUGGAAGACAGCAAUGCUAGUCCUCAGCCCCCUGGCAUUCAUACUGGGAUUAAUAAUACUGACACUCAACGUUCAUUAUAACAAAAAGAAGAAAAUCCUCUCUGCUCUGAAGAACCCCCCAGCCAGCAGCAAUAGAGCUGACUUACAGGAGACGUCUCCCUUACGAAGAUGCCCCCAGCCAUACCUCCCACCAUCUCGUUCCCCUUCCUUGCGGCAUGGAGAGAUACUGAUUGAGUGGAAAGAUGGAACUGUCACUCCUCUUUUCGAUAAUGCCAACUAUCAGGUGGACUAGCACUGAAAUAACAAAGCUGGUUUCCUUGCUUGUCACUCGUCACCAUUCUCACCAAGAAGAAAGCCUCCAUAAUGAACCUCCUCCCAGGCAUUACCAUUUUGUUGGGGAGUUGUGAGAGCUGUUUUGGUUUUUUUUUCCAUUCUUUAAACACUUGAGAACAAUAAAUCACCUUAUACAGCACAAAGUUGAAGCAAGCAGAGCAGACUUUAGUUUAGGCACCCAAUGCCUAAAUGCUUGGAUUUUCUAGGUAACAAAGCCCAGAUAUAGCAAAUCUAUUGUCCUGAAUUUCUAGAAAGUAAAUAGUUGGAGGCAAAGUAUAAUGUGAAAACAGAAUCUCUGAUGAUCUAUUAAUACUUUUAAGUUUAAACUAGCUGCCAACAGUCACAGAAGGCUGUCAAUUACUUUGUCAGUGUGUGAACUUCACUGGUAAGUGCUGUCUUCUGGACUCAGAAAUGAGUCUCCUUCAGACUAUCUGCCAAAAUACUCCCCCCACUAAGCUAACACAGCAAGUCAUUUUUUGUAGUUUAAAAAAUUGCACUCCAUUCCAUUCUGCAUCACUGCAAGAAUCCUGCUGAGUAUCUGUCUCUCAACAUGUUUAUGUAUUUAAGAUUUAUUGAACCUUAUUACAAUACACAUCCUCUUCCUUUCCAUAGAAUGACAAGUUAAUGGUGCUGCUUGUUGGGGAUAUUAUCUGGCCAUUUUAUACCAGUUUCAGUCUGAUUUCCUGUAGUCACGCGGAACAGUCAAUGAAUAGAUAUACUGCUCCCAUCUAGAGCAGGAACAGUU